AUGUGGAAACUGGUCUGCUCGGAACCAAAUUUGGAUGCCGAGAAGAAACUGCACACGUUGAACGCACACGUCGGUCGGCAAACGUGGGCGUUCGACCCGAACGCGUCCGAAAAGGACAUCGAGAAGCAAAACCAACGCAGGAAAGAGUUUCGAGAGAACAGGUUCGUUCAAAAGCACAGCAAAGAUGCGCUGAUGAGAGACGCGUUCGAUGCGCGACGGGUAGAGAGGAAGAGAGAGAGGAAAACGACGCCGCCGAGCGCGGACGGCGCAGUCGCGGACGAAUUCGCGGUCGAGAAGGAAACGAAACGGGCGCUCAAAGCGGGCGUGGAGUAUUACCAAGGACAACAACAUCCAGACGGACACUGGCCGUCGGAUUACGGCGGACCGAUGUUUCUCAUGCCUGGAUUAAUCAUUGCGAUGAAAAUUAUGAAGAAAGAGAAAGAGAUGUUACCGGCGCACGUGAAAGUGGAAAUGAAACGGUACUUGGAAAAUCACGUCAACGAAGAUGGCGGCGUUGGGUUGCACAUCGAAGGACACUCGACGAUGUUCGGUUCAGUGUUGACGUACGUCGCGUUGCGGUGUUUAGGUGAAGAGCUCGAAUCUUCGGAAACGUUGAGGAAGAUGCAAGAGUGGAUUAAAGUAAGAGGCGGGGCGACGAAAACGCCGAGUUGGGGUAAGUUUUGGUUAGCGAUGUUGGGAUGUUACGAGUGGAAAGGUUUAAAUCCAAUUCCUCCCGAGUGUUGGUUGCUUCCGUAUUGGUUUCCAGCGCACCCGGGGAGAUAUUGGUGUCACUGUAGGAUGGUGUAUUUACCGAUGUCGUAUUUGUACGGCAAACGCGCGCAAAUCGAAGCCGGGAACCCGGUCAGCGAGGCGCUGAAGUUGGAAUUGUACUGUCAAGAGUACGACACGAUUAACUGGAACAAAGCCAGGAAUGAAUGCGCGAACGAAGAUUUAUAUUACCCGCAUCCAAUGUUGCAAGACGUGCUAUGGGGCACGCUUUCAAAAGUCGAACCUAUUUUACUCCGUUCGCCUUUGCGCAAAUGGGCGAACAGAGAAGCGCUGAAGCACGUGGUGUACGAAGACGAAAACACGCGAUACGUGGACAUUGGUCCAGUCAACAAAGUGUUCAACUGUUUGUGCAGAUACUUUAGCGGCGACGCAGAAGGCGUGGAGAAACACAUGCCUCGAUUUUGGGACUAUUUAUGGGUCGCCGAAGACGGUAUGAAAAUGCAGGGAUACAACGGCAGUCAACUCUGGGAUUGCGCGUUUGCGGUUCAAGCGAUUGAAGCGACCGGGUUGGCAAAAAACUUCAACGAGUGUUUGCGCGACGCCGCUAAGUAUAUCGACGACAGUCAAGUUAGAGAUGACGCGCCGGAACUGAAGAAAUAUUACCGACACAUCUCCAAAGGCGCAUGGCCGUUUAGCACUAGAGACCACGGAUGGCCCAUUUCAGAUUGCUCCAGCGAAGGUUUAAAAGCCGCGCUAUCGGUGAUGGAUAUGGAAGAUCAAGGUUUGAUUAAAAUUGACCCAAAAAACAAAAUAGCAGUCGAUCGAUUAGCGGAUUGCGUAAAUGUGAUUCUGAGUUAUCAAAACACGCAAAGAUUUGGGUUCAAGCCUCAAGGAAGCGGCGGAUGGGCGACGUACGAAAACACUCGAGCCGGUAAGUGGGUAGAAAUUUUAAACCCGGCGGAGACGUUCGGGGACAUCAUGAUUGAUUAUCCGUACGUGGAGUGUUCGUCGGCAUCUAUCCAAGCGAUUUCCAAGUUCGCUAAACGGUUUCCGGACCACCCGAUUGUGCCCCGCAUUGAAAAAGCGCGCAAAAGCGGCCGAAACUUUUUGAAGAGCAUUCAAAAAGAAGACGGGAGCUGGUACGGUUCGUGGGCGAUUUGUUUCACCUACGGCACGUGGUUUGGUGUUUUAGGUUUGAUUGCGACCGGGUCGACGUAUGACACGUGCCCACACUUGCGUAAAGCGGUGCAGUUUUUACUCUCCAAGCAACAAGAAACCACCGGCGGAUGGGGCGAAAGCUAUCUCUCGUGCGAAAAGAAAGUCUAUCAUCAACUCUACGAAAAAGACGGGAAAACCGAGUUUGCGCAUUGCGUCAACACCUCGUGGGCUAUGCUUGCCUUACUCGCCACCGGUCAAGAGAAGAGAGACGCCGCGCCGUUGCGCAAAGCCGCCGCGUGCUUGCUCAAAAAGCAACUCCCAGACGGCGAUUGGCCGCAGGAAAAUAUCAUGGGCGUAUUCAACAACAACUGCAUGAUUACGUACGCAAACUAUAAGAACAUCUUCCCGCUGUGGGCGUUGGGUAAAUUCGCAACAAAAGAAUAA